CUAGGAAAUACAUACGACAGAUCAAUUAUAGUUGAUGGAGAAGAAGCAUCUCUCGUGGUGUUUGAUAUAUGGGAGCAGGAUGACAGCCAAUGGCUUCAGAACCACUGUAUGAAAAUGGGAGAUGCCUAUAUUAUUGUAUACUCAGUGACAGACAAAGUUAGUUUUGAAAAGGCCUCUGAGCUAAGAAUCCAGCUAAGAAGAGCAAGACAAACAGAAGACAUUCCUAUUAUUCUUGUGGGCAAUAAAAGCGACCUAGUCAGGUCCCGGGAAGUCUCAGUUGAUGAGGGACGAGCCUGUGCUGUUGUGUUUGACUGCAAAUUCAUUGAGACCUCAGCUGCUCUUCAUCAUAAUGUCAAAGACCUGUUUGAAGGUAUUGUUCGGCAAAUUAGACUUCGCAAAGACAGUAAAGAAGACAAUGCUAGGAGAAUGGCUAACACAAAAAGAAGAGAAAGCAUAGGCAAAAAGGCAAAGCGAUUCCUUGGGAGAAUUGUGGCAAAGAACAAUAAGAAGAUGGCGUUCAAAGCAAAAUCAAAGUCUUGUCAUGACUUAUCUGUGCUUUAGAAGCUAUCGGCAAGGCCAGAUGUUGCACGUGGGUGAUGAACAAGCAUUUGACUUAUGAGAAGUGUAUAGAUGAUCCUCAUGGUGAUAACAAGGAUGACUUAUCAAUUGAGACUCUCAUUAAUGCCUUAAGGUGCGCACGCAAGUCUGGAAGUUACACUACAAUGUCUGCUUCAUUGAUAAAUGGUUUAAGUUUCAAUGCGUGCAAGUAAAUGAACUAACUUUAAGUGGCUUGACAUACCCACAUUUUCACUGUGUACAUAUGUUAUAUAUCCUCUUGUCCUGUGGAUACCAGAGAUGCAAAGAUAAGAAAGGAUGAUGAUAAAUAUCACCACAGACUUGUCUCAUUUGCAGAGCAAAACUUAAACUUGUACGCAGGCUCGUACACUCUUUUUAGUAUAAAGCAAGCAAUGAUAAAUCUUUUUAAACUUAAAUGUGGAGAGGGGGGAGUAGAACCACAUUAGAAAGGGAGAAAUUAGAUAUAUAUAUUUAAAUACUGAACAGAUAUCAUUUUAUGAAGUUAAUUUGCACUUCCAUUAACCAUUAUUCAAUUUGUUACUUGUUUACAUGCAGAUUUUAUAAUAAAGUAUUAUUUCCUGUUAUAAUAAA